AUGGAUUCUACAAACCCUUUUGGUUUUCAACCUUAUAAUUUCAUGAAUCUUUUGAAUUCUCAAAAAAACUCAAACGUUUCUAAUAAUUCUGCACAAACCUCUCAGCCUGUCCAAUUUAGCUCUCCAUUCUCUUCUCAGCCUAUCCAAUUUAGCGAUCCAUUCUCUUCUCAGCCUAUUCAAUUUAGCUCUCCAUUCUCUUCUCAACCUAUUAAUCUAAGCACUCAAUCAGAAUCUGAAGACUGUAUUGAAGUUACGGUGGACGACAAUGAAGAAGAUGGAGGCAGAGGAAGUAGGAAGAGGUGGACUGCAUAUGAGGAUAUCAACCUCAUAAGCGCCUGGUUAAACACAAGCAAGGAUCCAGUUGUAAGUAAUGAGCAGCGGUUAGAUAGCUUCUGGGUGAGAGUCGCUGCCUACUACAAAGCGAAUGGUGGAGGGACCGGUUCAAACGGUCGAGGGGCUAGUCAAUGCAAGGCAAGGUGGAACAAGAUAAACCAUCAAGUUAACAAGUUUGUUGGAUGUUACACACAAGCCAGUAAUAGAAAGAAGAGUGGAGAAUCAGAAGAUGAUGUGAUCAAAGUGGCGCAUGAGAUUUACAUGAACGACAUCAAAAAGCCAUUUAUUCUAGAGCAUUGCUGGAGGGAACUGAAGCAUGAUCAGAAAUGGAUCAUGGAGGAAUGCAGUUCCAAGAGGACAAAGCUACAAUCAGACGGAACAUACUCUUCGAGUCCAGCCAAUGAUGGAGCUGAGAUGAGGCCUCCGGGGGUUAAAGCUGCAAAGAAAAAAGGGAAAAAACCUGCCUCAGUGAGUAUUGAUGUUGAAGAUGGUUCGGUGGGAAAGUUAGAUCGUAUAAUAGCAAUGAAGGAUCAAGAACAAGCAGCUAAGGAGAGACACGCCAAGAUGAGAUUGCUAGACAGUCUGAUUAACAAGGGUGAACUAACACCCGCUGAAGUUAUACUUAGGGACAAACUGCUUGAUCAAAUGUUGACAAACAUCUAG